GACGCACCGUUGUUUGGUUGCUAAGAAAAGAAUCGAAGACAAAGACCGAGAGACAGAGACUCUAAUGAUGAAUUCCAUGAAGCUUUCUUUGUACAAUUCAAACUUUUGUCAAUGAAAUGGAUGGAGUAAAACCUACCACCACCUCCUUCCCCUUCCUCAUCAGCUGUUCGUUGAGUCUUCUCUUUCGCUUACAAUCAACGUCGCCGACACCACCAUCCACGCUCUAUUCACAAUUCCCGAGGCGCUUUCAACGACCAUGAUCGAUUCCCUUCAAUCCAUCUUUGGAUCUCAGUUGCAGAUCCACCACCACCACUGCUCACACACACCUUCACUUACUCUCUCCUUCCUCUAUCAUGGACCCUGCCACCUCUCGACCUGCUGUAGUCAUUGACAACGGCACCGGGUAUACUAAGAUGGGUUUUGCAGGGAAUGUUGAGCCUAGUUUUAUAGUUCCCACAGUCGUCGCCGUUAAUGAAUCUUUUGUAAACCAACCUCGGAGUUCGACGAAAAGCAGUAAUUGGUUAGCACAGCAUAGCGCGGGGGUUAUGGCGGAUCUUGAUUACUUUAUUGGGGAAGAAGCAUUGUCCAGAUCUCGGUCUAAUAAUACUUACAAUCUUAGUUAUCCGAUUAAGCACGGUCAGGUAGAUAAUUGGGAUGCGAUGGAGCGGUUUUGGCAGCAGUGUAUAUUCAAUUACUUGCGGUGUGAUCCCGAGGAUCAUUACUUUUUGUUGACGGAGAGUCCCUUAACAGCGCCGGAGAGUCGUGAGUACACCGGGGAAAUUAUGUUCGAGACGUUUAAUGUUCCGGGGCUAUACAUUGCGGUCCAGCCUGUGCUUGCACUUGCAGCUGGUUACACGACGUCAAAGUGUGAGAUGACAGGUGUUGUAGUGGAUGUUGGAGAUGGGGCUACUCAUGUUGUACCUGUUGCAGAUGGUUAUGUUAUUGGGAGCAGCAUCAAGUCAAUUCCCAUUGCUGGAAAAGAUGUCACUCUCUUCAUCCAGCAGCUAAUGCGGGAAAGAGGAGAGCAUAUUCCACCAGAAGAUUCUUUUGAAGUAGCUCGAAAAGUGAAGGAGACACAUUGCUACACUUGUUCUGAUAUUGUCAAGGAGUUUAACAAGCACGACAGAGAACCAUCAAAGUACAUUAAGCAAUGGAGAGGUAUCAAACCAAAGACGGGGGCACCAUACUCUUGUGAUAUAGGCUAUGAACGAUUUCUUGGCCCUGAGGUAUUUUUCAGUCCUGAGAUUUACAGUAGUGAGUUUACAACCCCUUUACCAGCUGUAAUAGACAAGUGUAUUCAGUCUGCUCCAAUUGACACAAGAAGGGCUUUGUAUAAGAAUGUAGUACUCUCUGGAGGAUCAACUAUGUUCAAAGACUUCCACCGAAGGUUGCAACGGGAUUUAAAGAAAAUUGUGGAUGCUCGGGUUCUUGCAUCUGAUGCUAGGCAUGGUGGAGAAAUAAAAGCACAGCCAGUGGAAGUCAAUGUCGUCAGCCAUCCUAUCCAGAGGUAUGCAGUUUGGUUUGGAGGUUCAGUACUUGGAUCAACACCCGAAUUUUUUGCGGCUUGCCACACAAAAGCAGAGUACGAGGAAUAUGGGGCAAGCAUAUGCCGUACAAAUCCUGUUUUCAAGGGAAUGUAUUGAUAUGAAGAUCAUUUCAACGAUUGACAAUGGAGGCACUCCCUUAUUGUUUAUUCCUGUAAUAUGUGUCCGCAUGGCUUUCAUGUGUAUUUACAAGCUGGGUUCGUGGUAGGGAGCUCGUGUACAAUAGAUGUUUAGUCUCAGUUGUAACAAAAUGAGUUUCUUGUAUUCUUUCCUUUGUUUUUUUUUUUUUUU